AUGGGCGACGGCUAUCGCAAGGGUAGCAACACGGGUCCCGCAUCUCACACUUCGCACGCGUCUUCGAUCGACAGGCCGCGACCUCUUACGAGUGGCAACAAUCGCUUCUUUGCCAACAAGAAUGGCCAAAAAGUUGCUCCCAUCGUCACGCGCUUCCGCAGUCAGACCACGGCUUCCCCCCAGGUCACUUCUCCCAGGCGUCUUCCACCUUUGCAGCCGACUGGACUCAGCGUCUCCCACAGCUCGCCCAACAAUGGACCAUCCUCUUUGCCGGACUCGGGGCCGGGCCUGAGCAUGCGGCAAGGUCUAGGCCACAGUUCUACAGCCAUCGCAGGCCGAUCUGACCCAGCGCAAGAUGCAUCCCCCGCCACGCCGCUUGCUGCUCUGCCUUGA